AGCCGAGCCGCUGCUCUCAGAGCUAUUAUCCCCGAAGAGAAGGAGGACGAGACCGACACAUCAGGGACCAGCACGGGGAGAAAACACAACCAUGUCCGGGGAAGAAGAGACAAUGACCGUGGAGGAGCAGCAGGAAGUCAACGACAAAGUGGUCAGCCCGGAGAAAGCUGAGGAGGCCAAGCUGAAAGCCAGGUAUCCUAACCUAGGAGCCAAGCCUGGAGGAUCGGAUCUGCUUAGGAAACGACUUCAGAAGGGGCAAAAGUAUUUCGACUCUGGUGACUACAACAUGGCCAAGGCAAAGAUGAAGAACAAGCAGUUACCAUUGGCCCCUGUGGAGAAGACUGAGAUCACAGGAGGACACAUUCCCACACCUCAGGACCUGCCUCAGAGAAAGACUUCUAUUGUAGCAAGCAAACUGGCUGGUUAAGGUUUUAUGUCCACACUGUUAUGUUACCAUUCCAAAUCAUGUUUAAAUCUAAAGCCGUUUACAUGUUUUGUUUAUUAUUUGUCACUUUUGUAUGUAAUAUCUAAAAGAACAGGUAAUGCCCAGAGCCGAAAUACUUGAACUAUUGGCAACUUCUAAAAAGUGCUGAUAAAACUGACAGCUGAAAACACUUGAAAAAUUGCAUGGAAAAAUGUAUGCAGAAUUUCACUUAAUGAUAUGUGCCUCCACAGGGCUCUGCAAAUGCAAACCUGCAAUAUUCAAGGUGAAGGGGCUGCUACCUCCAACCACAGGCAAAAUAUCUUGAUGUAAUUUGCAUGCUCUUGAAGGAUUUAUGGACACUCAAAGCGCUACACAAUUAUUUCUUUGUGUUUAAUAUUUUUGUUCAGUAGAGCCGUUUGAAACUGUGUUGCAGGUAAAAGUAGUCAAAAAAUAAUUUGUAGCCAGUUAUACUUGAGUUAGUACUAACAUCCGCUGCUCUUUUUGACCUCUAAAUGGCCUUAAAAUUACAAACACUUGUUCCUCUUGAGCAAUAUUUGCUCCCACAUUUCAGUUGUGAAUCUUGCUUGAUGAUAUGUCUCACUGUCUGACUGGAAUCAUUUAGGAUUUUAUGAAAGAAACAUGUCUGGAGUGUGCAUGUGCAGUUACACUGUGCCAUUUGUUUUGUAAAUAAAAUAAUUUUGCAUAAUAUCUUGUAAGUACA